GCACCUGACCUUCAUCCAAGCUGUAGACCUACGCUGGGAUUAUUGCUAUAUACACCUCAGAUAUAUCCACCGCUGCAUUUUGGACGGUACGGUUACUUAUCUCCUCAUCUGCUAUUCUGCGCUGCAGAGGCGUAGCAGUAGACAAGACCAAGUAUAUAGUAUUGUUGCUCGUCUCCUCGACAGCUUGACGUGUUGCGAAAUGCUUGGGAACCGUGUAGACGUUACCGUGACUCCACUGCUAACAGUAUGCUACCUGGCGGCUUUGUUAUGCCACGGACUGUCUUCAAAUGUUCACCAUGAGUCAUCGCAAUUUCGAUCUUCUAAGGAUGUGAAAUCUGUUGACCCACCUGGCCUCUGGCCAAGUACAAGAAGAGCUGGGGGAUACUCAGGCAUCAGUCCUUCGAAGCAUAUCAUGAAAAUCAUGCAGCAGCUAUCUAAGGAUGGUGAUCAGUUGAAAGAACGUGGGAACACAGUUCGAAGCUACCAACCGACAAUGAGGUUUGCAUGCAACGACCCAACAUACGUGUUCAGCAUAAAAAGCCAGAAUACUGAGAAUCUUCGCUCCAUUGAACUUCAUUACUUCGCUUCCCAAAGCGGCGUGAUUGGCUCAAGACCGACCUUUGACAUUCGAUUGUAUCUCAUCACUAAUACGUCAUCAGUAUGCCAGUCAAUCGGAGUACACCACCACCCGGCGGAAGCGCGUGGAUGGCAAGUAACUGACGUCACAUCUCAGAUAUCUCUCUUUUUCCAGCCAACCUCGGAGGGUAAAGAUUCAAAGAUUACUGUGGGUGUUUCGUUCCAGCUUCAAGGAACUAAAGACUCAUCUAAUUCCCCACGAGACCUUAUAACCCAUUGGAAAAUGUUCUCAAAUCAUGCACGCCCAUUUUUGCUGAUGUAUGCCGAGGAAGAUGACAGCAGUGGAAAUUCAGUCUUAAAGUGGACAAAAGAGGGCUCCAAAACUAAAACAUCCCCUUCCGAAACAACUCGUCCUCUCAAGGCGCAGAGACAUUCAGCAUCGAUGGGAAGUCACACUCGACACGCUCGAAGUGUUGAUGACAAUACUCACUCAAUCAUGACCAACGAAUUCCCUAAAGGAAGCACUAACAUGGUUCACCAGACAACUUUCCAACACUUCAAUGAACAAGACUCGAAACGACGCAAGGCCAAGAAACGUAGCAGUAAAAAACGCAAACGAGUUUCGAAGAAAAAUCACCGGAAAGCUCCACUGUUAGACCAGUCUAGCUCGGUAGAUGAAGGUGAGAAUGAUGAGGUCCACGAAGCUAUGAAUGAUGACAGAGAUCAAAACACUGUAUUGCCGAUGGGACCAGGUGAAGGCCCUUGCUCUCGUCAUCCCAUGUUUGUUAGUUUUGAUACCAUUGAUUGGGAUGGAUAUGUCAUCGCACCUACCGGCUAUAAUGCUUUCUACUGUGCAGGGGACUGCAGAUUCCCUUUGUCGAAGACCGACAAUCCAUCAAACCAUGCAACCAUUCAGAGUGUGAUGAGCGUCGCCGGCACACAGACAAAAAUUCCGCCUCCUUGCUGCGUACCUGAGAAAAUGACAUCACUAUCCAUCUUGUUCUUGGAUGAGAAUGAUAAUGUGGGACUGAAGAACUACCGGAACAUGGUGGUGGAAUCAUGUGGUUGCCGUUGAACUCUGCCAUCUACUUGGAAAUUACAAGGGUUGGGUUGCAUGCUACAUGUAAUUUCAUAUCAUUGUUAAUAAUUUUAGCUUCGGACAGCGUCUUGCACAACUCUUUGUGAUACCAAUUUUUGCCGCUAUUGAGCUGAUAUCUAGAGAUACAUCGAUUUAUUGCUCAGACACAAUGCUCAUUCACAGUGGUGUCACUGUGGUACUGCGUUGGAGUUCAAGGACCCAGUAAGAAUACUUUAUAGCUCAAAGCAAUGUCAGAUAAGUCUAUCAACAGACAGCGCUGCUAGGCAGAAUACGUAGGUGUGUUGGGAAUCCCAAAUGAAAAAGAAAAGCUCCCUAUUGGUAAGAACCAUGUACGGAACUGCAAAUUGAAGUUUGUGGUGUUCAUUAUUUUGACUGACAUAACCUUACAAUUUAAGUGGGGUUCAUGUCCAACGCUGACCCCAACUUGGGUUUAGCGCCCGAAGGUAUAUUAUCUUAUUCCUAGCAGGAUGUGACAAAACAUUAAUAGCCCCAAUGAAAUUCAUAUAAUCUUGUGGACAGUCAAACGCAACUUUGUCCUUGAACUGAAUUAUUACCUUGUUGAUAUCAACGAUCAAGACAUGAGUAUUGUGGUGUUCGUCAUGAUAAAUACAUUUCGACGCGCAACCUUUCAGUGUUAAUGCGUCUAAACUAGAGAGUUUUAAUUCGUGUAAAAAUAAUUAUGAAUUAGAAAAUGAAAUUGAGUAUAUUAUAUAACGAAUGAAAUUAUGUUGUUUGAGUUGCUGUGUCAAGAGGGCUCUGAGCUAAAGUGCCAUGGUUGAUUAAAAGAGGGCGCUGUCUGCAUGAAGCGGUUCUCAAGCUCCAUUGAAAAAAUAAAGGACUUUGCUCAACGAAAACUUAUAAGUGAACAUUCUUAAAUUUAGAAUUUCUAUGUGCGUAUUUAAAACAAGUUGGAGAAACGUUAUCUAUCCAUAUAUCGAAAGUUAGCAAGAGUUCUCACGUAUGAUCCUAUGUGUAUCAUAAAAGCAAAAUUGCGUAGAUAUUAACUAUAA